GACUUCCGGCUCAGCUGGUCGUCCGGGAAACGGUCGGCUUCCGGUCGCGAAGCGGUGGGCGGAGCCAAGAUGGCUGAGGAGAUGCUUGGGAUGAAAACUCAGGUUCCUGCUUCUGUUGAAUCUCAAAAACCUAGGCCAAAAAAAGCUCCAGACUUCCCUAUUGUGGAGAAACAGAACUGGCUGAUCCAUCUCCACUAUAUCCGGAAGGAUUAUGAAGCAUGCAAGGCUGUGAUCAAAGAACAGCUUCAGGAGACUCAGGGGCUAUGUGAAUAUGCUAUCUAUGUCCAAGCACUGAUUUUUCGCCUGGAAGGAAAUAUCCAAGAAUCCCUAGAACUCUUUCAGACGUGUGCUGUUCUCAGCCCACAGUGUGCUGAUAAUCUCAAGCAGGUGGCCAGAUCUUUGUUUCUUCUAGGAAAACAUAAAGCUGCCACUGAAGUAUAUAAUGAAGCAGCUAAACUUAACCAGAAAGACUGGGAGAUCUGCCAUAACCUGGGAGUGUGCUACACUUACCUAAAGCAGUUCAACAAGGCACAAGACCAUCUGCACAGUGCCCUCCAGCUUAACAAGCAUGACUUGACUUACAUAAUGCUGGGGAAGAUCCAUUUACUGCAGGGAGACCUGGAUAAAGCCAUCGAGAUCUACAAGAAAGCAGUGGAGUUCUCGCCAGAAAAUACAGAACUUCUUACAACUUUAGGAUUGCUCUACUUACAGCUUGGUGUGUACCAGAAGGCAUUUGAACAUCUUGGGAAUGCAUUGACCUAUGACCCUGCCAACUACAAGGCCAUCUUGGCAGCAGGCAGCAUGAUGCAGACUCAUGGGGACUUUGAUGUUGCCCUUACCAAAUACAGAGUUGUAGCUUGUGCUAUUCCAGAAAGUCCUCCACUUUGGAAUAACAUUGGAAUGUGUUUCUUUGGCAAGAAGAAAUACGUGGCAGCUAUCAGCUGCCUGAAACGAGCCAAUUACUUGGCACCCUUCGAUUGGAAGAUUCUAUACAACCUGGGCCUUGUCCAUUUGACUAUGCAGCAGUAUGCGUCAGCAUUCCAUUUUCUCAGUGCAGCCAUCAACUUCCAGCCAAAGAUGGGGGAACUCUACAUGCUCUUAGCUGUGGCUCUGACCAACCUGGAAGAUAUAGAAAAUGCCAGAAGAGCUUAUGUAGAAGCUGUCCGCCUGGACAAGUGUAACCCUUUAGUAAACCUGAACUAUGCUGUGCUGCUGUAUAACCAGGGUGAGAAGAAAAGUGCCCUGGCUCAGUACCAGGAGAUGGAGAAGAAGGUCAACUUUCUCAAGGAUAACAGUCCUCUGGAAUUUGACUCUGAGAUGGUAGAGAUGGCUCAGAAGUUGGGAGCUGCCCUUCAGGUGGGAGAGGCACUGGUCUGGACCAAACCAGUCAAAGAUGCCAAGUCAAAGCACCGGACCAAUUCAGGCAGCAAGCCUGCUACUCUCCAGCAGCCUCUGGGUUCCAUUCAAGCUCUAGGACAGGCAAUGUCUUCAGCAGCUGCAUACAGGAAGAUCCUUUCAGGUGCUGUAGGAGCCCAGCUCACAAAGCCACCAUCACUGCCACUGGAGCCGGAGCCAGAGCCCACUGUGGAGGCAAGUCCAACAGAAGCAUCAGAACAAAAGAAAGAAAAAUAGCAACAAGCAGGAAAAAACCAGGAUGACCCUGGAGUAGGGGGUCUCUUAAGUGAGACCACAUAGAAGGUGGUCAUAUGACCAGGCAGAUAGAGGCUAACACUUCAUCCCUGGGUGGGCACUGCAGAAUUAAAACAGAACCCAGGGUGUGUUGCGAUGAUCAGGAGGAACCUAAGGCCUGCACAGCUCUUGGCUGGCCCCAUCAUGCAGGAACAAGAGAGAAGACAUGCUACAUAGAUGUGAGGCCCCGCAUGUAUACUCCAAGAGUCAGCAAGGCAAACGAUGAAAGACCAUUACUCAAUGAAGGACUUUUAUCUUGAUAAAGGGAAAAGGACCUCUACUCAACAGGCUGUGGUGAUGAAGCCUCAUUCUAAGUGGACUGUGGGAAGACAGAAGUCUCCACUGGAAACACAAACCUUAUAUUAAGAACCUAGUUAAAUAGGGCUUCCCCAACUACCACUACCACGACUCCUUUUAGAUUAAGUUGAGACCUAGACUGGAAUGAAUCCAGCUAUAUUUGCCCAAAGAGAAUCUAAAACAAGUCUUUAUCUCCAUUCUUAAGAGAGGUGAGAGUUUAGAGCCAGAUCAUGUCAGUUUAAGUAGUAGAGUCAAGGGCUGGUCUGGAAUCGGCACCGAGAAUUUAAAGGAAAAAAGUGGGUAGGGUGACUGAGGACAUAGCUCAGUGUUAGAGCACUUGCUUAGCAUACACAGGCCCUGGGUUUAAUCCCCAGUACUGCUGAAAAAGAACAGAGCUUUUAGAUAAGGAAUUUUAUCCAAGAUAAUCAAUGAUGAAUGCUGACAAAUGCUCUCAUGACCCAUUAGCAGCCUUUGUAAAAGAUUAUGGAUCUCCAAGAGGUCACAUUAAAGGAUUUUUAAAAAAAUAAAACUAUGAUCACUGUCUUUACCUAUUUCCAAGCCUGGUUUGAAACUAUUACCACCUCAAAAUCAAGUUGCUCUUGACUGUAGUGCGGCUUCCCAGAAGUGUAGAAGGUUAGUCCCCUCUGAAGUAGUACCAGUUUUCCUUUUAACUGGUAGCUACAAAACGGACAUACUAUCAAGCCAG